AUGCCGCCCUCGACGCCCUUCGCCUCCGCCACGCUCCGCCGGAGGCUCCUCCAGUCCCUCCGAACCCGUGGCGGCGCUGAGUCUGGGCCCAGUCGAUGGACGAGUCCGGGCCAUGAGGAGCGGCCCAAAGGGUACCUCUUCAACCGGACGCCCCCGCCUCCGGGCCAGACCCGCAAGUGGGAAGACUGGGAACUACCCUGCUACAUCACCAGCUUCCUCACCAUCGUUAUCCUGGGUGUUGGGCUCAACGCCAAGCCCGAUUUGACCAUUGAAACGUGGGCCCACGAGAAGGCCCUCGAGCGCCUCAAGAUCGAGAACGCCCUCGCUGCCGAUAACGACUCCUCCGAAUGA